GCGCCACCGCGCUGACGGGUACCGGCCGGGCCCAAACGCGCAGGAACCGGGUUGCAGUACGGAGGCCGCCGCGGCCGCCUCCGCGCUGGGCUCAGCCCCUCCCUUCCCCUGCGCCGGGACCGCAGGGCCCAUCCCUCUCAGAAGGAUCCCCGGAGCAGGGCGGGCUGUCCCCUCCGUCCCCGGGCUGCCAGGGAGGGGCUUCUCGCUGCAGCCCCCACGCUCCCCCCUCCCCGCACACCGCUGGGUCUGAACCCGCACAGGGACCCAUCCGAACCCGCACCUCGCUCGGCUCCGGCCGCUGCCGGUGCUCUCGGAGCCAUGAGGUGCGGUCCCGGGGUUGAGAGAAUCCCUGGGAGUAGCCGGGUUGGAGCGGCUGCUGCGUGAGGAGUGAACACCGCGGAUGGGAGCUCAGAACCGCAGCAUUUUGGGGCUCAGAACGCCCGGCCCGGUACAGAAGGGAGAAGACUUGGACAUUAUUUAGUCAGCUAGAGACUUCUGAAGCGGCACUGUGAGGAACCAGUGCAGCGUGAGGCAGCAGUCAAGCUCUCAGGGACAGGAACCACUUGAGACCUCACUGCAGCUCCUGCAAGACAAGCUCUGAAGGAGGAGAGAGGGAUUCUAUGCACUUCACACCUCUGCAGGAUCACUGAUGAACACACUUCAGACACCACUCCAACAAAUGACAUCAGUGGCCAGACAGAAUGGCUCCAGUGAACCAGCCAAAGGACAAGAAGCAUGAGAGGGCACAUGAGCACUGGUUGGAAGAGGCAAAAUCAGCUGGGAAGAGGAAACCAGACCACAAGGAACUAGAGAAUGAGCCACCAGCAAAGAAGUUGUUUUUGAGGAAAACAUCCAAACCUCCCAAGAAAAUCGGUUGGAGUGGAGGUGGGUCUGUGGUGAGAAACAACCAUCAGCUGGAGCGGCAGUGCAGCAUUGUUCAUUAUGUCUACCAGAACAUGCUGGGAAGCUCCAUUCGGUCACACCUCAGGCAGUGCCUGCAGCUGCCCUUUCUGCGUUCCCUUGCCUCAUACCGCCUCUUCCGGACAGCAAGUCCCUUUGACAGGAGAGUGACAUGCCUGGAAUGGCAUCCAUCACACCCCAGUACUGUAGCUGUUGGUUCCAAAGGUGGAGACAUCAUCCUUUGGGACUACGAAGUGCUUACUAAAACCUGCUUCAUAAAAGGGAAAGGGCCAGGAGAUUCUCUUGGAGACAUGAAGUUCAGUCCUUAUGAGGCAGUGAAGCUUUAUGUGGCAUCAGGGGAUGGCACCCUAAGCCUGCAGGACCUGGAGGGCAGAGCAGUGCAGAUCAUCUCCCGUGCCCCAGACUGCAGCCAUGAGCACCACAAUGUCUGUUGCUGGUACUGCAGUGUUGAUGUUUCUGCAAGCUGCCGUGCAGUCGUGACAGGUGAUAAUCUGGGCAACGUGGUCCUGCUCAGCACUUCUGGUGAAGAGAUCUGGAAGCUGAAGUUGCACAAGAAGAAAGUAACUCAUGUGGAAUUUAACUCCCGAUGUGAGUGGUUGUUUGCCACAGCAUCUGUGGAUCAGACAGUCAAAAUCUGGGACCUCAGAAACAUCAAAAACAAAACAAAUUUUCUUCAUGUGCUUCCUCAUGACAAACCUGUCAAUGCAGCUUACUUCAGCCCCACAGAUGGUUCCAAGCUCCUCACCACAGACCAGCGCAGUGAAAUCAGGGUUUAUUCAUCUUCAGACUGGACCAAGCCCCAGCAUCUCAUCCCACACCCACACAGGCAGUUUCAGCACCUCACACCUAUCAAGGCCACGUGGCACCCUCGUUACGACCUCCUCGUCGCAGGUCGCUACCCAGACCCCAAGUUCCCGGGGUACACAGUGAAUGAGCUGAGAACUGUUGAUGUCUUUGAUGGAAACACUGGGGAGAUGGUUUGUCAGCUCUAUGAUCCAAAUGCUUCUGGAAUCAUCUCGCUCAAUAAAUUUAACCCUAUGGGAGACACACUGGCUUCUGGAAUGGGCUUUAAUAUUCUGAUCUGGAGCCGGGAGGAGAUGGUUGCCAAGAAGCAAGAGCAUCUUUUGAAAGCCAUGGCAGUACAGGGGGUUGGAAGGUGGAGUUUGUCCAGACGUGGAGGACAGAAGCAGACAAACCCUGGGACAAACAAACUCAAAGCUAAGUUACUGUCUUGGGAGCUGGAGGAGAUGAGAACAAAAAGCAGUGAUUCUAAAUUGCAGGGAAGGAAGCAGAAAGGGAAGGAUCUAGAGAAGUGAUGUAGUAUUUGGAUCCUUUCUGGAUCAAAAUUUGUACCCUGGUACAAAUUCAGUGUUGGCAAUGGGCACUAUAAGCCGUGCAGGGCAUUAGACUUCUGUUUUGUCCUUUCUCCCUGGGUCUGAUCUUGUGUGCCCGAUCCCCUUUGCUUCCCUUUCUAGAAAGUUGUGUCGGUACCUGGUUCCUCCUCCAGGUGGUUACCGCACAUUUUCUGAGGCAGUAGAAAAAACUUCAAAGAUGUUCUCACACCCUGCACCCAGCCUGCCACAUCUGCUUGUCAGAGUUUACCAUCCUCUCAUCUUCUGGAGUCUGCUGUGGAGCUGCUCAUGACAGGGUCCCCAGCCUGUUCUAGUCAAAUUGAGUUAAGAAACCCUUUGUUAAUGUGGUUAAUGUCCUGAAAAGGUAGAAUGUUUACAGGGGAGAGGUGGUGGGUAGCUUGGGUACCUCUCCCUUAUGCAGGCUUCUUGGAAAAUGUGCAUCUGUCAAGACCUCAGGCUUAGCCUGUUCUGUUGCUUGCAGCCAUUUAACUAAACCAUGAGGAACAUGAUGAUGCCUGAGCUCUUGACCUGUCUUGGGGGAUGCAAGGGCAUUGUGGAGCUGGGAACCUACUGAUUCUGUAGUUUCUCUUUUCAGAGCUCUAGGUUUUUCCUUGCCACUGAUUUAGGCAAUUAUUUUUCACCCAUGCCUAUUUUCUUUAAAUGUUGGAUAAAAGUGUUGUAAAACAGAAAUGAGCAGCUCCUUCCAAACACAUCUGCUCAGAGCCAAGUCUUAAGACUGCUGAUAAACUGAAGUGUUUUUGCUUUUUCUAGUUUGUUUAUGAGGCUGCCUGGGGCCUUGCUGCUGUCCCAGGGGUUAGUGGAUGGGACCAGGCUCCAGGCCUGCUCAGAUUCUCUAUGUUCCCUUUUAUAGUUCUGCAGUAUUGAUAUUAAUAAAGUUUUGUACUAAA